AAAACCGAAACCUGAACUCGCAUCAGAUCUUGCAGGAGCUGCUCUAACAGGAAACUCAGUGACUCUGUACUGUACACUGAAUCUGCAGUCUGCUGGAUGGAAGUUUUACUGGAAGAAAGAGAAACAGAGCCGUGAGACUGAGACUGAGACAGAUCACUAUAUAAUCAGAUCAGUCAGUGUCUCUGAUGGAGGUCAGUACUGGUGCAGAGCUGGAAGAGGAAACCCAGUCUACUACACACAGGACAGUGAUGCACUCUGGGUAAAUGUUAUUGAGUCCCCUAAACCUGUGCUGAGUUUUGAGCCUGAUAAACAGGUGUUCAGAGGAGAGAAAGUGAUGCUCAGGUGUGACCUACAGACAGAAGAAAACACUAAGUGGACAUAUGACUGGUUUCAGAAUGAUUAUACCUUCAACCCAUACCAAA